CCCCAUGGCAGGCCAGUGUUCAACAAACUGGAUUCCGGAAUGGGGACUUCCGAGUCUACCUACAGCGACGAGUCUACUUGGAGGACUCUUGUGAUUCCCGCAAAGUUUAAACGCUUUAAAAAAGUGUUAGAGGGUUGGAGGAUACCUGAUGAUCUGACCCAAGAGGUUCUAGAGAAAAUGCUGAAGAGGUGGUAUGCGCAUGAAGAAGGUCCUAAAAAAAGACGAAGAUAUAAAAAAUGGCUUGCUAGCUUGCCUGCAGGCGGUGUACAGCCUGUUAAACUUGAAAGACUCAAAGCUAAGGGUGCUAAAGAAUAUGAUAUCAUCCUCUCUAUGUGCAAUUGGGUUGUUGAUGAGCACCAUAAAUACCUUCCCGAUAAGUGUUGCGAGUUUGCAAGCGUGGAGAGGGCGCGGCGUCAAUUUAUAGAAAAUGGUCAUUCGUAUUACCUUGAUUUUUUUGUCAAAGAUCUGGAGGCCGAUGGCAAUCCUUUAGUACCUGUUAAGGCCAUCGUUUAUCGGAGAGUGCCUGAUGAUUUCAAAUUAUGGCAAUGUCAUGGGCUGAAAGCCUGAAAUAAGGGCGGAUCCAGAGUUCCUAACCAUUGGGGGCACCGAUUUAAGUAAGAGUGAUUUUUUUUGAAUAAUUAUAUACAAUGUAUAAAUAUCUUCAAAAGAUGAAAUAGUCAAAUAUUAGGAAGACGAAAAAUGUUUCAUGUGGUUACAAAUGCUCAC